CCUCUUUUCACUUGUGUGCUGUUGCGUGCCAGACCAACAACAAAUCAGUUUAGCCAGUUAGCCUGUGAAAGCUUUGCUAUUAAAGCAAYGUCUUUGUUUUAGAAUUUCGAUAAAAAAUACGAAUAUGGUCUGUGGUGGAUUUACCUGCUCUAAAAACGCGCUUUGUUCCUUAAAUGUGGUUUACAUUCUGGUAGGUCUGCUGCUGAUAGGCGUGGCAGCAUGGGGGAAGGAGUUUGGCAUCGUGUCUAGCAUCCACAUCAUCGGUGGGGUCAUAGCUGUGGGCUUCUUCCUGCUUCUCAUAGCCAUCGUGGGACUCAUCGGAGCCAUCCACCACCACCAAGUCAUGCUCUUCUUUUAUAUGAUCAUACUUUUCCUGGUAUUCCUUGUCCAAUUUGGAGUUUCAUGCUCCUGCUUGGCCAUGAACCAAGACCAGCAGGAGAAGCUGCUGAACUCCACCUGGAGUCUGAUGAGCAACAACACCAAGGGAGAGCUGGAGGGCCGGCUGGACUGCUGUGGCCUGCUCAACAACACCCUCGGCCAGAAGCAGUUUACCCAGGACUGGUUCAGCUGCAAUGCUCCGUGUAAAGACAGGAGAAACUGCUACACCUGUGGUACCAUGAUGCUACAGCACGCUACAGAGGCUCUGAAGAUCCUGGGAGGGGUCGGACUCUUCUUCAGCUUUACCGAGAUUCUUGGGGUGUGGCUGGCAGUGCGGUACAGGAACCAGAAAGACCCCAGAGCCAAUCCCAGUGCUUUCCUAUAGUCGGUCUAACCCCAUCUAAUUAAUGCAGUACUGUAGAUUCCCAAUGAGGAGAUACACUGGUAGCGGUACAUGUAGAAUUGUGCACAUCUAGAAACACUCAGGAGUUUAAACUGGACCACAAUCAUACAAAUGGGCUCCGUUCCAAAUGGCACCCUAGUCCCUCUAUUGUGCACUAGUUUUGACCAGGGCUCCAUAGGGCUCUGGUCAAAAGUAGUGCACUAUAUAGGGAAUAGGGUGCUAUUUGGGAGACAUCCGCAGACAAGAGAGCGCAUACAGAAGCUGACACACCCCUCCGAUAUACACACCUUCCUUAAAUUCACACUGGACUAAAACACAUCGCCUACCUACUGCAUUAACCUCUGUUUGUGCAAGCACUCCUCUUCAUAUUGCCUAGUUUAGAUUUAGCGAGAGGUCAAACUUCUCGAUUUUGGCAAGGAUCCAGAUCUUAUGUAUGAUAGGAUUAAUGGCUACCUCCAUUUGGCUAUUGCCCAGCCUUGAUUUGAGUACCGGAUCUUUGAUGACUGACUAUAUUCCAACCAUGUAACCGUAGACAUUCUUUUACACUUGCCCUGCUGCACAGUCAUACCUACAGUACCUUGUUUUCUCCCAUGCCUAUUGACAACCCUACUGUGUAUAACGUUUAAUAAGCAAAUUUAAUUAACCUUUUCCUCCAACCUGUAUGUAUUGUUAAUUCGGCUGAGUAUGGCCCUCUAGAUUAGUGCUAGCUGUGAUGUGUGGCACUACAGUAUGGUAUGUACCCACUGCUGUCAAAUGCAUUAUUCAGGAAGUUUCUAUUUUUCUCUCUUAACUUGAGGUGAAAUGCUGUGUUGUUUGAAGUCAGAURGAAAAUCUCAAAGUAACUGUUGUCGCAAAGGAAUGGGUGCGCGUUGGAAGUGGUGUGUGAUGGAAAUGUAUGUUUUUCAGAUGAAUUGAUGAUGCCGUAGAUGCUGGUAUUGUAUUUUAGAAGUUCGAUUUUAACUGAGCCAACUAAUUUAACAUUCACAUAAGUAAGUAGGUAGAUCGCCAAUGGACUGCAGCCCUUAUUGUUGUACAUGUAUAUAAUCUUUUGAAAUUUUUCAAUAUCAUGAAAGACGGGUUUGAUGGUUAAGAUGAUCCACACCUCCUGCAUUUCCGAUGUUCCUUUGUUUCACAAAUGAUGUCAAUAAGUGUAACGAUUUAGUGACCUAUGAGGGACAUGGUAGUCAAGUACACUAUGACCUCUCCAAUAGCAAUAGUUCACGUCUCUGAAUUGGUUUAUGAUAAGGUAAGAAAGUAGUAAGAUCAUUUGGGUAUGUCUAAGUCUUGUAUUCUUCCAAAAUAAUUGUAAUGAGCAAUACAAUGUUAACUGGCACCUUUAACUGGAAGGGAAAUGAUCUAUUAUCGAUCAUUUCAAGUUUUUAGCUGAAAAUCAGAAGUUAUGCCUAAUUUGGUCGAAGCUAUAGUGAAGUACCUGCUGUACUUGUUUUAUUUUCCGUAAUCCUCAGUUUGUUUGUGCAUUUGUUGUUUUGCUGAAUGAUGUCAUUGGUUUUGUCCUCAUUUGCUGACAUGAUUUUGUUCAACAGUGUUGAACUCAUUUUUAAAUCUUUUGAUAAUGCACAGCAGACAUUUUUUUUAAUGGGCUUAAUAUUCUAGUGUUAGUAAGGUGUUUUCGUUAAAACACAUUACUGCUUGUUCUAUGUCUUACACAGAGGUGUGGAGGAGUGGCAUCUCAUCUGGCCUCUAUUGAUCUGGAUCAACUAAGAUGAAUUGAAAUGUCAGCGCUUGUAUUACUUGAACCACUUAUGGUGAAUUAAUAUGGUUUUGAUGGUGGAUAUGGUGCUUGAGUGGAGCCACUACACGGUCUAAUGCAUAUAUAUAUUAUCUGUACGCAUUAUAUUAACUCUGUACCUUAUAGACCAUGUACCCUACUUAAAACCUUGUGCACUUGUUAUCCCAAUUGUACCCUAUCUUGAAUUUUUGAGACUUCAAUUUCAAAAUAAAAAUGACAAGAUAGGAUAAAUGUU